AUGGCUGACAGUAUAGCCAAUGGUGAGUACACGCUAGAGAGUGUCAAUGCAAGAGCGAAAUGCGAGUAUGAUUUCGACAAUAACUUUGUCUACGAUGACAAUGUUGCUGACACUAUCAUCACCCUGGCAAUUGACGUGCUGGGUUUACCCAAGGAACCCCUGUUGGAGAUGAUCGGGGAAUACUACCUGACGUAUCUGGAAAAACGAGGCUUUGAUGAGAUGUUGCGUAACCUCGGGCACAACGUGCUGGAGUUUCUACAGAACUUAGAUUCUGUGCACGUGUUAAUCAGACGGGACUAUCCUGAUAUGGUGGCGCCAUCUUUCCGGUGCGAUGAAGAUUCCUCAUCCGACAGAAUGGUCCUACACUACUACUCAAAGCGAGAAGGGUUGCACUCAAUUGUAAAAGGUCUUACUGUUGAAGCGGCGAAGAAAUUCUACACAAUGCAGCUAGAGAUGAGUGUAGUCUCCAUAGAAACAAUCAAGGUGUCGGAAGAAAACGGUUUUCGUGAGCACGUGACUUUUGACGUCACCGCUAAGAAGAUUAAAGAGCAAAUUAUAGAGGAGGGACCUCCCACUUUUAUCGCACAAACUAAAAAACACAGCGAGAAACAGAUACUGAAGGAGGAUGUCGAGGCAGUUAAACAGAAGCUCGAGCAAAUCAGACUCCAGCUCGGUGAAAAUGCCCUUCCUUUGAAUAGAAAGACAUCGGUACAAGCAAGAUGGAAGAUUGCAGCCAAAAUCACCGCAAUGCAUCGUGGGUUUGUUCCGAACUACCCAGAAACCCUUGCGAUAAACCCCCGGAUGUUCAUUGAAAUGUUUCCGUACCACGUGAUCUUCGACAACGAAAUGAAAGUAGUCCAAUCAGGGAUCAAGAUACAGAUGUUGAUGCCAAGCAUCAGAAGUCGCCAGGCGGUGUUGUCCGACUUCUUCCAGGUGCGCUGGCCGAGCUGUGUGGAUCUGAACUACGAGAACAUCGGGAGGUUUGUCCUGUGUCCGUUCAUCUUGGAGUUCAGGCGUGACGCCAUGGAGAGAGAGUGGAAUGAUCGACCCGCCCUACAACUUAAAGGUCAAAUGUUUCUGCUCCGGGACCGGGGGUUCUACGCGUAUAUGGCAUCCCCGGCCGCUCAUUGCUGGGCAGACCUGGAGAACCGGAAGUUGAAGCUCUCAGACAUCCCCAUGUGGGACGUCACGCGGGACUUCCUGGUCGCCAACCUCGAGUAUAGAAAAUGCAUUGAAACCAAUGUGCGAGCAAGUCUGAGCGGCUCGCAGACGGAUGGACGGCGCAUCUCCGUUUCCGGCGCGCGGCGUGGAAGCCUUGGUGACGAGGCGGCAAUCAGGGACCGGAUAUCGAGGCUGCAGAGUGAAGCAGAGAAGGAGCGCCGGAAGAACGAGGCCCUCUACUCGGCGUUCCUCCCAAAAGACGCAAUUGAUCUUGUGAAUGGAGGACUGGUUCCGUAUGGAGACUUCCAGCCCCAGGUGACCGCGCUGUUCUGCGACGUAGUGAAGUUUCUACCCAUCGUCGCUAAGAGCUCCCCACAGGACGUGAUAGGAAUGUUAGAUGCCAUGUAUACCACGUUCGAUAAAAUCACCAGGGUGCACGAUACUUACAGGGUGGAGUCUAUUGGGGACGCGUACCUCGUGAUCGCGGGAACGGGGAACCAGAAGGAGCAUCACGCGGAGAGAGUCGCCAACACCGCCCUUGGGAUGCUGCUGGCCGCAAGGAACAUUAAGGCGCCUCCGGACAAUAUUUCGGUUACGCUCCGCAUUGGUAUCCACACCGGUUCCCUAGUAACGGGUGUCCUUGGCAACCGCUUGCCCCGGUUCGUUGUCAUGGGAGAGACGACCGUUGUCGCCUCCAAACUGGAGAGUCACAGCGAGCCAGGCAAAAUACACGUCAGUCCGACCACGCAGACGAUCCUUAAAGACAAGGGGUACCAGUUCGAAGCACGGGGCAAAAUUGAUCUGCGAGGAUACGGUCCGCUGGAAACCUACUUCCUUGUGAAAAACGAUCUAUUUUCGGACGAGGAGCUGAUUGGUCGUUCCCAUGGUAACCAGGAAGUGACGUACAUCAAUGAGGGCAAGGUGGAAGCGACAUUUGCCAAACAAAACAAGGUUCAUCCGUUAACAACAAGCCCACCAUCUGGCGGAGCCAGUCGACAAUUGACUGGCGAAAGCGAGGACACCAUUAUCGAGUUCAAGAAGUAG